AUGGCUGAACCCCAGCUGGAUGUGAAGAAGCCCUCAGCUGCUGCUGUUUCUCACGUCUCCUUCAAUUCUUUCUCAGGCGAAUAUAAACAAGGAAGCUCAAAUCAACAGUUGCCAACUGACCCAGGUGAUCUUGCCAAACCUGAUGACACCUCUCCAGAGCUGGUACUUAAAAUCAGAAUUCAGAGCCACAAAGAAAAUGACUUCAUUGAAGUUGAACUGGAUAGACAAGAGCUGAGUUACCAAAAUCUACUGAAAGCAAGCUGCUGUGAACUGGGGAUUAACCCAGAGCAAGUAGAGAAGAUCAGAAAGCUACCAAACACAUUGCUCAGAAAGGACAAAGACAUUCAAAGACUACAGGACUUUCAGGAAGUAGAACUCAUUUUAAUGAAAGAUGGAAGCUCUGAACUGACAGAAUAUACACCAUCUCUGUUAGAGAAGCCCUGCUACAACAGCAAUGCUGCAAAAAUGACGUAUUAAAUUGCAGAAAUGAAAAACUGGAAUCAAUAUUUUGUAAAUAAUGGUCUGGAUGCAUCUAACAGUUUGCUAACUUCAUGUAUGUACUUAUUUCCUUCUUUUGCAACUUCUCGAGGCUUGGGAGUAGAGUACGUUCAAAGUACUUUGACAAAUAUUAAGUAUUUUUAAAAAUUUAAGUACGAUACCUAUCAACGCAAGUUUAGUUUGUAAAGUUGCACCCCAAUCCUGAUUAGGCACAGGUAUGCACUCCUGAGACUCAAGACAAAUGGCCAGGCUCUGUUCACAACUCCAUUAAGGGCAGGGUGAGUUAAUUGGAACUGGGAAAGUCAGGACCCACUUGACACUCUGGUUUAAAGAUCCUAGCUUCUAAAACCAUCUCUUACCAUCAUUUCCUUUUUACAACUUUUAAAUCUACAAAAUGGUGAGAGGGUAACAGGCAGGAAGACUAGGUGUCCCCAAGCAUCAGACUUUUUUUUCUCUUAAGCAACAGGAGGAAACAAGUGUCAGAUGUAAUUUUUUCCUUCUCUAUACAAAAUUAAAAGGUUUCUUUAAAAAUUCUAUGUUGUCAUGACACCUGGUUCCACCUGAACUUUUCUCAAACCUUGAGCUAACCAAUGUGUUUUUCUUAUGGAAAUGCUUAAGCUAUGUUAAUGAACUAUGUAUUUACUUUAGACUUUCUUCAAGUCGGUUCCACCUAAGACUCAGAACCAAUAAUGGCUCAACAAACUAGUAUGUUUUACUCAUAGAAAUGUUCUCUUAAGUUAUGUUAAUAAAACUAUGCAUUUGUUUAGAAACCUGCCUCUCUUCAAGAUUCACGUCAGUUGUCUAUGGCACGGGAUGACUCACCUUGUGCCAAUGCUAUCUCAAAAUGCAUGUUAUGGGUGAGGGGUCUGGUGCCACUCUCUUGAGUUUUGAGAUAUUCUUUUCUCUAAGUAGCAGCUUAUGUAACUUCUUGCUAAAACCUAGCAAGAGGGCACUCUUUCUGCCCC